AGAGAUUUGUGAGAGUGAUAGACAAAGGUUGAAAUGCAUCCUUUGUCUCUCUCCUCGUUUAUUUAACAUCAUCACUUUCCUGGUGGUUCCUAUUUUUUCUCUACAUUCAACCCUUCCCUUCUCCAUCUCCAUCUCCAUCUCCUUCUCCUUCUUAUUCACCCACAUGUUUGUAUUCCCUCUUCUCUAAUCCAUUCUAAUUCUAUUAUCCAUUGUUCUUUUUUCAAUUCCAAUCCCCAUUUGCAUGCAAACCCAGAUCCCAUCUCCACUUUUUUACACAAUUUCCCUUUUCCAUUCUCCUUUUCCCCCAUCAAAAAGGUGAAAUACACAGUUUUUUCCCUUUUCUUCAAAAACCCAAUUUCCCGAUUCCCCAAUUUCGAACAGGAUCUGAUGAUUAUGAUGAUGGGUAUGUGGGAUUGAAACCCGCUGUGUUGAAAUUCGGUGGGAGUGUCCCGAAACGGGAGGGGCAGUUAAAGGGUUUUCUGACGGAUCGCUAUACAGAAAGCGGUGGGCGUCGGGGUUUGAAUCGGGCGGUUGGCCUGGAGUGCAUUCUUAGCAUUGUUAGGGCACUUCGGAUGGGGUCCUGCUUGUCUGCGGAGAGCAGGAGCCCCAUUCCUGGUUCCCCAACUUCUCCGGCUAAGCAUCAUCGGAGUAAGAACAGUUCCAAGAGGCGAAAUUGUUCGAGAAAUUCCUCAUUUGGGGAUCUCUCACUUCAUCGGAUCCCUGGUAGGCUCUUCACUAAUGGCUUCACUGAUAUGGCGUCUCUGUUCACGCAGCAGGGCAAGAAAGGAACCAAUCAGGAUGCCAUGAUUGUUUGGGAGAAUUUUGGCUCUAGGACCGACACGAUCUUCUGUGGGGUUUUUGAUGGCCAUGGUCCCUAUGGUCAUAUGGUUGCCAAGAAAGUGAGGGAUUCUCUUCCUCUGAGAUUGAGUGCACAUUGGGAGGUUAACUUGACCACUGAUGAUGUUCAUAGAGAGAUCAGUCUUAAUAAUACAGGAAGUAUGAACUCGGAUGAAGCUACCUCGUUUUUAUCUGCUGAUGAAGAGUUUAGGGCCUCCAUUGAUGUUGAUGGAACAGAAAAGCAACCUGAAAUUUUCCAUACUUUGAAGGAGUCUUUUCUUAAGGCUUUUAGAGUUAUGGAUUGGGAACUCAGGAUGCACCAAACUAUAGAUAGCUUCUGUAGUGGUACUACAGCAGUGACUAUUGUUAAACAGGGUCAGGAUCUUGUGAUUGGAAAUGUUGGGGACUCCCGAGCUGUUUUGGGUAUGAGAGAUAAAGGUGACUCUCUUGUUCCCAUUCAAUUGACUGUGGAUCUGAAGCCAAAUCUUCCAGCUGAAGCAGAGAGAAUUCGCAAGUGUAGAGGUCGUGUCUUUGCUCUCCAAGACGAACCUGAUGUAGCUCGAGUUUGGCUUCCAAACAGCAACUCUCCUGGACUUGCCAUGGCACGGGCAUUUGGAGAUUUCUGCCUAAAAGACUUUGGUCUUAUCUCUGUACCUGAAAUAUCAUAUAGACGGCUCACUGAAAAAGAUGAAUUCAUUGUUCUGGCUACAGAUGGAAUAUGGGAUGUGCUGUCAAACAAAGAGGUUGUAGAUAUUGUUGCAUCAGCUCCAAAACGUACUACAGCAGCUCGCACUCUGGUAGAAACUGCAGUUAAAGCAUGGAAACAUAAAUACCCAACUUCCAAGAUUGAUGACUGUGCUGUUGUUUGCCUCUUCCUUGACUCAAACUCUGGCAAUCUUUCUUCGUCUGCUUCCAAUACCAAACCAGAAGAGCAACAAAGUUCAGCAGAUCAUUUCAGCACUCCAGUCGAGAACGAAGAUUUGUCUUGCCCAAAUGGUCUGAAUCGUUCAGGAACUGUCCGAACCAGCAAGGAAAUUUUGCAGGAUGGAAGCGAAGAAGAUGAAACGAAGGAGGAAGAACAUUCAGAAACGGGAAUAGAAUGGUCUGCCCUGGAAGGAGUGUCGCGCGUAAACACUUUGGUAACCCUGCCAAGAUUCAAUCCUGGAAAAGAAGAUAGGAAAGGCCGGAAGUAAAUGAGAAGUACAAAAAGUUAAUCAGUGCCUUUUUGUUUGGGUAAAAUGUUACUAAUCUUUCCUUUUGCUUGCUCGUGUUAUUCUUUCUGUAGGAGAAGAAAAAGUUAUAAAAAUUGAACUUGAAAGAGAGAUCGACCCAGCCUUAUUAGUGCGUCUGGGGAAUUGUUGACACUCUCAUAUUGAUAGAAAUUGAGUUUUGUAGAAUCUUGAUGGGGACCGACAUGGCGUCCUUUAUUGUUAUGAUAAAUUUUUGUUGUAUGAAUGGUUUGUUAUUGAUAACGUUCAUAAUAAAUUUUGUGAUUGUAAAGCC